GGAUAGAGAGAGAGACAGCACAUACAAAAUUAUCUCCGCAUUUACUUCAGCGCUGCAGUUUAAAAGUUAGAGAAGUCCGUUUUGCGACAGGUCUGCUUCCUUGAGAGUAAUUUCCAGCGAGACCGAGAAAACCUGAGGCCAAAUGACAUAGGAUGAAGGCUGUUCGUAAUUUGCUGAUUUAUAUAUUUUCCACCUAUCUACUGGUUAUGUUUGGAUUUAAUGCUGCCCAAGACUUCUGGUGUUCCACGUUGGUGAAGGGGGUCAUUUAUGGAUCGUAUUCUGUAAGUGAAAUGUUUCCUAAAAACUUCACAAACUGCACUUGGACGCUGGAAAAUCCAGAUCCGACCAAAUAUAGUAUUUACCUGAAAUUUUCCAAAAAGGACUUCAGCUGCUCCAACUUUUCCCUCUUGGCUUACCAAUUUGAUCAUUUUUCCCAUGAAAAAAUAAAGGAUCUUUUAAAAAAUAACCAUUCUAUAAUGCAGCUCUGCGAUUCCAAGUAUGCUUUUGUAUUUCUGCAGUAUGAUAAGAAUUUUAUUCAGAUACGCCGCGUCUAUCCUAUUGAUUUCCCAGGAUUACACAAAAAAGAAGACGACCAAAAAUCCUUCUUUGAGUUUUUGGUAUUGAACAAGGUGAGCCCAAGCCAGUUUGGGUGCCAUGUGUUAUGCACUUGGCUGGAGAGCUGCUUGAAAUCUGAGAAUGGGAGAACUGAGUCCUGUGGGAUCAUGUAUACAAAAUGCACCUGCCCUCAGCAUUUGGGAGAAUGGGGAAUAGACGACCAGUCCCUGGUGUUGCUCAAUAACGUGGUGCUGCCCCUCAACGAGCAGACGGAGGGCUGCCUGACCCAGGAGCUGCAAACUACCCAGGUCUGCAACCUCACCAGAGAAGCCAAGCGGCCGCCAAAAGAAGGGUGCACCAUCUGCCUGCCGAUGCGUAAAGAUGCGAGGCGCCGCACAGAGUCACCACAUGAUGUUUUGACGUUCUGGGAGCCCCGCGAAGGGGCCACAGGGCUGCCGCUGCUGCGCUCCUUCUCCAGGCGGCCGCGGGUCCAGGAGGCGAAGGCUCUGAAUCUCACAGUGGUACUAGUAGGGUACAUAGUGGGGUUGAUGUGUCAGACCCAGCGGCUGCUUUGUGUCCCUGCUGGAAAA